AUGCACUGCGAAGUGGCCGAGGCGCACUCAGACAAGAGGCCAAAGGAGGCCCCCGGCGCUCCAGGUCCCGGCCGGGGGCCCGCUGGCCUCGGCCCGCACAUGGCCUUCAGGGUCACCGUGAGCGGCGGGGGCUGCGGGGAGGGAGGUCCGCGUGACUUGCUGCCCCGGCCUCCCGCGCCACCGCGCUCCCACGACCUCCUCCGGCCCCGGAGUCCCCGAGACUACGGUCCGUCCAAGGCCUCCGCCGCUGCCGCCGGGAAGGUGAACGGGAGCUACGGCCAAUGCACUCCAGGCUCGGAGAAGAGUCUGCUGGAUCUGGACCUUGCCGAGGGCCCUGGCCCCACCUGCCGCCAGGGCCUGUUCCUCCCUGCAGGAAGCCCGCCACCCCGGGGCCACCCCCUCGCCUGCGAGAGGCUGCUGCAUUUCCCCCACCCCAGCAGGUCCCCCAGGCCCCAGGCCACCUAUGUGAAUGGUGGCCUCCCGGCCACACAGCACAUCAAGCAGGAAUCCCUGCCUGACUACCGCGCCAUGACGGAAGCUCGCGCACCCCCAUCCGCCCACUGCCGGGCCCCGCCGGCCACAGGCCUGCACACAGACCUGGACCUCCCGGGCCGAGGCCUUGCCAACCCCGCACCUUCCUGCUACCUUCUGGGCAGCGAACCCAGCUCGGGCCUGGGACCCCCACCUGAGGCCCACCUCCCGGAGGGGGGCCUGAAGCGCUGCUGCCUCUUGGGGCUGCCCCCCACCUCGUCGGUCUCCGUCUCGCCCUGCGCCGCCUCCGAUAUCACUUCCAUCAUCCGCUCCUCCCAGACAGCCCUGGUUACCUGUGUCAACGGACUCCGGAGCCCCCCUCCGCCGGGAGACACGGGAGGCCCUCCCAAGCGGGCCCGGCCCAGCUCUGCGUCCACCGAGAGCCCUGAGGGCAGUUUGCGGCUUGAAGCCUGCCGGAAGGCCAGCUUCCUGAAGCAGGAGCCCGCAGACGAGUUCUCAGAGCUCUUCGGGCCUCACCAGCAGGGCCUGCCGCCCCCCUACCCCUUGUCUCAGCUGCCGCCUGGCCCGGGCCUUGGAGGCCUGGGGCUGGGCCUGGCGGGCAGGGGGUUGGCUGGGCGGCAGGCGUGCCGUUGGGUGGACUGCUGUGCAGCCUAUGAGCAGCAGGAGGAGCUGGUGCGGCACAUCGAGAAGAGCCACAUCGACCAGCGCAAGGGCGAGGACUUCACCUGCUUCUGGGCAGGCUGCGUGCGUCGCUACAAGCCCUUCAACGCCCGCUACAAGCUGCUCAUCCAUAUGAGGGUGCACUCGGGGGAGAAGCCCAACAAGUGCAUGCCGUUUCCACAGUUCUUUCAUGAGUUCGAGGGCUGCAGCAAGGCCUUCUCGCGCCUGGAGAACCUCAAGAUCCACCUGCGGAGCCACACGGGCGAGAAGCCGUACCUGUGCCAGCACCCAGGCUGUCAGAAGGCCUUCAGCAACUCCAGUGACCGCGCCAAGCACCAGCGCACCCACCUCGACACGAAGCCGUACGCCUGCCAGAUCCCUGGCUGCUCCAAGCGCUACACAGACCCCAGCUCCCUCCGCAAGCACGUGAAGGCCCAUUCGGCCAAAGAGCAGCAAGUGCGCAAGAAGCUGCACACGGGCCCUGACGCUGAGGCUGACGUCCUGACCGAGUGUCUGGCCCUGCAGCAGCUCCACACGUCCACACAGCUGGCUGUCAGCGACGGGAAGGGUGGCCGCGCCCUAGGCCAGGAACUUCUCCCAGGCAUGUAUCCUGGCUCCAUCACCCCCCAUAACGGGCUGGCAGCAAGCAUCCUGCCCUCUAUGCAUGAUGUCCCUUCCAGGCACCACCCACUGGACGCCACCACCAGUUCCCACCACCAUCUGUCCCCUCUGCCCAUGGCUGAGAGCACCCGGGAUGGGUUGGGACCUGGCCUCCUAUCGCCUAUGGUCAGUCCACUGAAGGGGCUUGGGCCACCCCCACUGCCACCAUCCUCCCAGAGCCAUUCUCCGGGGGGCCAGCCCUUUCCCACGCUCCCCAGCAAGCCGCCCUACCCGCCCUUUCAGAGUCCUCCACCCCAGCCUCUGCCCAGCCCUCAAGGCUACCAGGGCAGCUUCCACUCCAUCCAGAAUUGCUUCCCCUACGGUGACUGCUACCGGUCGACCGAGCAGGCAGCCAGUGGGGACGGACUGGCGGGGGAGGCCCAUGGUUUCAACCCCCUGCGGCCCAAUGGCUAUCAUGGCCUAAGCGCACCUUUACCUGCCCCAGGCUACGAGGCCCUGGCCGAGGCCCCGUGUCCCACCACGCUGCCACCACAGUCAUCUGAGGACGUCGUGUCCAGCAGCCCCGAGGACUGCGGCUUCUUCCCUAAUGGGGCUUUUGACCACUGCCUGAGUCACAUCCCCUCCAUCUACACAGACACCUGAAUGCCGCCCACACCUGCCCGCCCUCCACCGCCGAUGCUACCCUGCCCA